ACUAGUACUGUAGUAGUAGGCCGGUUUGACCUCUUUCACUCUUUGAAUGUGGUUAGUUUUAGUGCGUAGAUCUGCGGAUCUUGUAGAGAAAUACUCGAGCAGGGAUUUCUGCCUCACCCGUGUGCGCUUCAUGCAGGUCGUGAGUGAGACUCCCUUGUCUACUGAAACAGAGUGUGCAAGUUGGUCACGGUUCAAGACGAUGGCCCUGUAGAAGAUAAGUAACCUGAACUGUUCCAAACUAAAAAAAUUCAAGGAUUAGUUUAUCCGUCCUAAAACAUUGUCAUAUUCGCUAGGACUGGUAUCAAUUUUGGAUUAGUGACGAUUUUGUUGCUAUUUACUAAGUGUUGAAUCUUUAAAAAAAUCCAUAGUGAAAAAAUCAUCAAUAAAUCUUAGUGAUUAUUAUGCACUAUGAAUGAAAGCUGCAGCAGAUUUACCAUCAACACCGCUUUACCCGUGAUCAAUACCGAUAAUAAUGAAGCGAGCAUGUUCCUCCCUACCUAUCAGCGGUAGUAACGGUAGCAGUAUUGUGAAUAGUGACGGAGUGAGCUCUGCUGCUGGCACCAGCAAAUACUUCCCGGACGCACCCGCAGCCAAGAGACGAGCACGCUCUACGACUGCAACAGCAGCGGCAGAAACAACAGCAGCAGCGGCGGCCAGUAGCAAGGCUAAUGAUGACCGCAGCACUUCAGCCUCGGGUUCAGGCUCAGCUAGCACCUGUUCACGGCUGAAACGCGAGUUCUUUGAUGUUGACUGUGAAAGUCUUGCAAGAAAGCUUUUGGGCUGUCUGUUCGUUCAUCGGAUUGACUCCGGCAGUGGUCCUGCUAAAGAGAUAAGAAGUCGUAUAGUGGAGACAGAAGCGUAUCUUGGCGGCAGUGACAAAGCAGCGCACUCGUACGGUGGCAAGAGGACACAACGCAACACAGCAAUGUACAUGCAAGCUGGAACACUCUAUGUGUACAUGCUGUACGGAAUGCAUCGCUGUGUCAAUGUCUCCAGCCAUGGUGACGGUGCUGCUGUCCUCCUUAGGUCCGUGGAGCCUGCGGACGAUGAGAGUGAGGAGGAAAUGCGCCGCAGCCGAGCCAAAACGCCCGAGGCUGCGAAGAAGCUAAAGCCGAAAGAUAUUGCAGCGGGACCAGGACGACUUGGCGCGGCAAUGGGCAUCAGCCUCGACAUGACUUGCAUGGAUACGACGACAGAUGAGUCAUCCGUAUGGUUCGAAGGAUCUCCGGAUGGUGGUGAUGGGUCUUGUAGUACCAGUCAGAUGGUGAUCAGUAAGCGUGUAGGAGUGGACUAUGCAGAGGAAUGGGCUGCCAAGCCGUUACGAUUUUACCUGGCUGACAGUAAGUGCAUCAGUGUCCGGGACAAAGCUGCAGAAAGCCUGCUGUUGUAAUCUACGCCUGACACCAUGUAGUCAGUAACUGAUGAGAAACUAGACCUGGUACGUUAGCUAGCUUGAAUGGGUUGGUGGCUGUGUUCCCUCUAGGCACUGUGUGACGUAUCAUGCAAGUCUACACGUAUUCAUUGCAAGUGACUACUAGUCACGGGAAUGUGACGUAAACUUUUGUCACAAACCACUUCUUUACUCCUGUGUAUGUCAUAGAAAACAUCAUCUGGCAUGAUGUGUCAUCUAAUAUUAUAAUUAUUAUUACAAUUUACAAAUUAUUAUUUACAAUCAUUUGACCAUCCUGAAUGCUUUGGCAUGAUAACAGCCAUGGACAUGUAUGCGGCGAUUACAAAGUCGGCUGCCAAUACGAUAGGUGCACUGUAAGAGUUCUUACCAUGAGAUACUUUGGUUGAAAGGCUUGUAAUAUGAGUGCGCACUUAAUGUUAUUCACCACUAAUUAUUACGAUUUUAUCUCCGCGUCCCCUGCCUUUUUCAUUCUUUUCAUUUUCACGCAAACUCUACCUGGGUAGAGGAGUGUACAAAAAAAGUACUUCAAAGUA